AAGGUAAAGGAGACACUUCCGCACUAAGCCUUUUGAUCUUUUGUGCAUAUUGACUCUGUGUGAAUCGUCUGGAGAAACAUAACGGGUUCUGCCAGCAUAGGAGCAAAAAAAACCGCUGUUCUUCAUAUUUGAUGUGCAUAUGUCGUUUAGAGUUUGUGUUUGCGUUUUUGUAACCAGCAACGUUGAUCCCAGGCGCGGCCAAAACCGCCUCUCGUCGUUAUUCGCUAAUGGGGCUCAGUAGCUAGCUAGCUAACUUGACGAUGAUGAUGAUGCAUCAGUGGAAUUAUCCCGGUGUCUCUGACUGAGAUGGAGCCAGCGACGCUCAAGUGGAGUUGCUUGCUAGCUAGCUAGCAAGCUAACGGUGCCCGCCGGGGUUCACUGUGCACGAGCAGCCCUGGAUAACGUUAGCUAAAUGGGUGCUACUGCAGCUUAUCACACAGGGUUUGUUGUAACGUUACGAGACAUUAUCACCCACAGAUUUGAGAGAGACUGACCAUGCCAACUAGCAAAAUAUGCUAACUUGACCGUUUCGGUUAGCCACACGUGACACCGUUUAUCUCACUCAAACAAUUAGCUACAUUCUCUGGCCGCCCUUGGAUGCUCCAGUGACAUUAAUUGGACGGUGUGUAUCAGGAUGGCACAGCUCUUGGACGGGGCCGGAAAGCUGGGCUUGGUUCUGCUCAAGUCUGUGAUCCGUUUUGUGUUUAUGUUUUUUAACAACUGUGUAGCCAUCCCAUCCUACUGCUUAUAUCUGGUGCUUCUCCAGCCGCUGAGAAUAUGGGACAGCUCUACUUUCUGGCACAUCGAAGGAAUCAUGUUCAAGUGGUUGCUUGCCAUGGUGUCUUCAUGGGGCUGGAUCGCAGGUUAUACAGUAACCGAGUGGGGGGACGAUGUACGGCCCAUCUCUGAAGAAGAAGCCAUGGUCAUUGUCAACCACCAAUCCACAGGAGAUGUGUGUACGCUCAUGAUGUGCCUGCAAGACAAGGGCAUGGUGGUACAAAAAAUGAUGUGGUUGAUGGACCAUGUGUUCAAAUACACUAACUUUGGCCUAGUGUCCCUGAUCCAUGGGGAUUUUUUCAUCAGACAGGGUAAAGCUCACAGAGACAAGCAGCUGAUCUACCUGAAAGAUCACUUAGAGAAAUACUACCACAGCCGUGACAGGAAGUGGAUAGUGCUGUUCCCAGAGGGUGGCUUCCUGCGCAAGCGGCGGGAAACCAGCCAGUUGUUUGCCAAGAAGCGCUCUCUCCCCCACCUGACCCACGUCACAUUGCCUCGUAUCGGGGCCACCCACGUUAUCCUGAAAACCCUGUCAGCCCAGCAGGAGAAUGGCAGCGUAGGCAGCGAGACGGGGACCCCUAACCAGACCGGUAACAAACGUAAAGGCCUGCAAUGGGUAAUAGAUGUGACCAUAGCUUACCCCAAAGCAAGACCCAUGGACAUCCAGACCUGGAUCUUUGGCUACAGACCUCCUACAGUCACACAUGUACACUACAGGAUGUACCCAAUAAAAGAGGUUCCUGUGGAGGCAGAGGCCCUGACUGACUGGCUGUAUCAGAGGUUUGUGGAGAAAGAAGAGUUGCUGACCCACUUCUACAGCACAGGAUCAUUCCCCUCUCAAGAAGGACACAAGGAGGCAGCUUCCCGGCAGAUGACCCUCGACCCCGUGUGGCUGUGUAUUAUCCAGUCGUUUGCUUUCGCCUCUGGCUACAUGUGGUACAGCGUCCUCUGGUACCUCUACUGCUGUUUAUUUUGAGUGCGCUGAUGAGGCGAGAGUCUUUAUCGGACCACUGGAAAAGCCUCAGGAUCAGUUGGUGUGUGGGGCCCAGCGUCAUACUAGCCCCCUUCGAUUGAUGAAUGUACAUUUACAACAGUGGAGAGACUUAAUAGGAAUCAAAAAAACAUAUGAAGAACACAAACACACGGAAUACAAAUACCAAUACAAAAUGAAACUGGUCACAGGCAUAGUUAACUUGCACACAACCCUAACACAACACACUCGCUCCAACGGCCUAGCAGAAUAAUCUCUCGCACUCGUCACGACUCACAUUUUGAUGUUUACACGUCCUCAUACACGUAGACGCUCACACGUACAUAACUUUUUAUUCGAAGUGAACGAAAUGAGGCUCAGGACUCCUCCAGGGGACACUCUGGACCGAACUCUCUCUCUCUUCCCCCAGCUCCUAGGCUUUAGCCGUAGUAGUUUUACAGAGUAUAAAGUAUGUAUGGACGCGUGUGUGAGUGAACAUUUGUGACUAGAAGCAUAAUGUCUGCCCUUAUUCUUCUUCCUGGCAAGGGUUGAUAAAGCCCACUGGACCUCUCUUUCAGCCCGCUGACUAGCCGGCUGGCCACACCUUCCAGAGCGAGCGGCUGUAUGAACGUUGAGGCUGCGCAGCCCGCAGCUCCUCUGGCCUUCAUUGCACUAAGGAUCCAUACUGCCCUACCUGCUCCCUGUCCCAGGAAAUAUCCCUGUGUGGUAGCUGUCAAUGUUUUAAUUUCUUUUGUUUUCUUCCCUUAACCUGCAUAUCUCCAGAACAAUGGCCAUUGUAUUUGUUGUUGUUGUCUUUUUGUUGACUUUUUUUUUUUUUUUUCUCCUGUUUUCACCUGUCUGUUGAGGCAGUAUUCUGAGUUCACUGAGAAAGGGGGAUCAUGUUUACACUGGCAGCCCUGUUGAAAGCCUAAGGGAAUGGUGGCUAUGAUGCUGCGCUUGCAUUAAGGAUCGUUUUCUGUGUCAGACAUUGAAGGGAGGAAGAGGAGACUGUGCCGUAGUGCUAAUUUAAAAAAAAAAG